CCCGCCACUCCAAAAAAAGUUCCUGGACCUCAAGUUGGUUGGAGCAAAUAUUUAUAGCAAAGUUGGAAGAGAGAAAUAAAACCAGCACUGCCUGGAGCUUCAAACAGGUAAAUGAAGGUGGAACCCAAGAGAAACAAAGCUUGCUCUAAUAUCAUUAAUCCCACUUUCCAAGAAAAGCUCAGAAGAGAAGAGAGAAGGACUCAUCCUCUCCUCUACUGACCCAGCAACACUAUGGAUCUUCAGACCCAGCUAGAGCACAUGACUGAGAAGAACUGGAGUAAAGAGAAGAUGGAAUUGUUGGAACGUUUCGACAGUGAAAGGAAAGAAUGGGAAUGCCAGUGGAAAGUCAUGCAGAAGAAAAUAGAAGAGCUUUACCAGGAGGUAAAAUUAAGGCGUGAAAACAAUAUGAGUAUCUCGGAGAAUAAGCCCAUUCAUAACAAGGCAGAGCAACAAGCUUGCUCCCCCACCUUAGAAUGGAAUGACCCACCAGGAUUGCACAGUUGUUCGCCAGAUAAAGAGAGUUUGCAGAGCAAACCCGAAAAGGAAAGCAAGUGUGUGAAAAACAAAAGGAGAAACCAUGCUUUUGCAAAAGAUCAUCUCACUUUUCAAACUUCUAAGGAGUCUGAAGACUGUGCAGACUUGAAAACAACCAAGAAUUACACACAGGAUCUCAAUAUUGCCCUUAAAGAACUUGCCAAAGUAAGUGAAGACUUGUGUACCUACCAAGAAGAAAUUCGUAAGAAAGCCAACCAUCGAAGGAAAAAAAUGCUUCCUUUCCUUGGAGAAUCCAUUGAAAGUGGGACUGCACCGAUUACCCAAGAGACAAGCCAUGCAUAUUAUAAGAGCCCACAACUGGCUGCGGUUGCCUCUGAGAUGGAAAAGCAAAAUAACAGAAAGAAUCUAAUUAGCACCAACAGGCAUUUGAAGGAAACACCAUCAACUGCUCUUUCUGGGGUUGAGGAAACCAGCUUUUUGCCUUGGCAAAGACGAGAAGGGCCUCCUGUUCCCCCCAGAAGCACCUCUCGGCAUUUGACAAGCUCUCUUGCAGACAUUUCCGAAGCAUUAGCUAAGCAUGUUGAGCAAAGAAAUAGCUGGGAAACCGAGGAACAUCCAGAUGGAAGUUCAUUAAUUUAUCCAGCUGCUCCACUGACAGUGUCAGAUGAAUGUAAAUCUCUUAGUGGCCCUACGGAAAAUCAGGAUCAGUAUAAUGACCUCAAAUUUCCAGCAGCAAUUCUUCACAGUGUGUGGUCUUGUGAUGCAAGCAAAAUUGAAAAUGGACCUGAAAAUGGUUCUUCCAGACAUGCUCUCCAGAAGUGCUCUUCUGAUGGAUAUAUGAUGACCCCAAAACAGCAUCCCAAGCUUCAAAGUAGUAUACAUUGUACCAAUAAUCCUUACAUUGCAGCAUGUGAUACACUGGAAGAUUCUGGGUAUGAAACUGGAAAAACUCAACGCAAUGAAACACUGGAAGCUAAAAUCGACGAGUUCAACCGGACUGUAUUUCAUACAGAUAAAGGUAAAAAAUGUUUGCUGCAGAACCAAACAGAGCCACCUGGUGUUCCUAAAGUCCACUGUGGACUGCAGGACAGUCUGAACAAUGGGACACAAAAUGAAGAGUCGAUUUGUGUUUUGAAUUCCAAGCUGUCUUCAAAGAAGGAAGAAAAAGCAAACAGGCCCAGUAAAGAUGUCAAAACAAAACGACAACAAAAGCAAAUAAAUGGAGUUUUAAGUAGCUACCAGCACAUGCUUCAUGAACAUGACUGGAGGCCAAGUAAUUUGUCUGGUCGUCCACGAUCAGCUGAUUCAAGGUCCAACUAUGGUGUUGUUGAGAAGUUGCUGAAAAACUAUGAAAAACAAGUGCAAUCUGAGACGGAAUUUACUGAGAGCAGCUGCAAAAAAAUGGGUCAUUAUCCAGUAAUCCAGACAGAGCAAGGAAAGCAGGAGCAGCAGAAGAAUUCAGUGAGACACCUUGGACUAUACACCAAGCAUGGAAAAGAGAAGCAGAAAUUUCCUGAGGUAUCUCUGGCAGCCAAGCAGUCUAAUGGCAAGGCAUUCUCACGUCCAGCUCGCCCAGCAAACAGGCGCUUACCUUCCAGAUGGGCCUCCAGGUCUCCAUCAGCACCACCAGCAAUGAGAAGAACACAUUUGGACGAAAUUGCCUGAGACUUUUCAGUGGGUCUGAACCAACUUGUGGAUUCAGGAGUGAUGUGAAAGUACCAUGUUUUUUGAAACACUCUUCCAUAUUCACAACCAGAACUAGUUCUAUGCAACUCUACUACAUUGGUCAAUAAUAACCAUCUUUUUGACUUGCUGAAAAAACUCUUUGGAUUCUUGGUUCAUUCUUACUGUCUUCAGUGUUUUAUCAGUUAGAUAAGGAUUCCCUUUUCCCUGACUGUGUGGAUACAUAUAUUUAACUCAUACUAAUUUUUCUUUGAAUAUCAUGUCAUUAUUCAUCUCCUUAAUCUGUUUUUAAUUUAAAUUGAGUGCUGUACAUUCUGACUUCCCCCACAAAGGGUAGGAAGAAAUGCUGUGUGCAUGAUCAUGUCAUGUUAGAUGCAUGUGUUGAAAUAAGUGCAUUUAGUUUGUAACUACUAUAGAAAAGAUUAUUGCCGUACCAAGAUGCCUACGUAUAGUCAUGUAGUUUUCAAUGUUUGAGAUUUGUUUCAAGGUUUGAAUGAAUGUAUGUAUGUAUGAAUGAAUAUAUCAAUAUAGUCCUGGGAGAAUGCAUAAGAAGAGAUCUGCUCAGUUAUGCAAAAGCCCAUCUAGUCCAACAUGCUAUGUCUCCCAGGGACCACUAUAUCCCAGGGAAAUAUGUCCCUGUCAAUACUUACAUUCUGUAUAUCUUUUAUAGGCUU